AUGGCUAAUUCUCUUGACGACGAAAAUCGAAUCGAGAGUUUCGAGAACAAAUUAGUCAGAGACUUUGAUCGCUGGGUCCUUCAUGAUGGUGAUUCCAAGCGACGGCACUAUGACAGGGGAUCACACUCUCAGACGCUCCAGGGGCAUAGCGAAUCCGUCGAGUCGCUUGCAUGGUCCCCGGAUGGAAUGAGACUAGCGUCAGGAUCGGUGAAUGAUACAGUCAGGAUCUGGGACCCAGCCAAUGGACAGUGCAUAACGACUCUUGGAAACCAGGGCACAUCGACUCUCAAUGGGAAUAGCAAUUUGGCUUUAUCAAUUGCCUGGUCACCGGAUGGAAGCCGACUUGCAUCUGGUUCAGAAAACAACAAAGUCAGGAUCUGGAACCCAUACACUGGUCAGUGUAUAUGGACUCUCGAAGGACAUGCCGAUUUAGUUUUGGCAAUUGCUUGGUCACCGAUAACGGACCGACUCGCAUCUGGGUCUGAUGAUAACACAAUACGGAUCUGGGGGUUCACGAGCUCGGGGCAACGCUCUUUGACCCUUGUGGGACAUGAACAUUGGGUUAGAUCGAUUGACUGGUCACCAGAUGGGCGUCGAUUGGCAUCAGGGUCAUACGACAAUACAGUUAAGAUUUGGGACCCAGACACCGGGAGGUGCAUAUCGACCCUCCAGGGGCAUAGCGAUUGCAUUAGAUCUAUUGCCUGGUCACCGAGGGCGAUGUUUGAGGGGCAUAAAGACUGGGUCAGGGCGAUAAAAUGGUCACCAAGAGGAAAGCGACUGGCGUCCGGGUCAGAUGAUGAUACAGUCAGAACCUGGCAUCCGACCGCAGGACUGUGCACGUUAAUACUUGACAUCUGUUCUCCCGAUGGUUUUCCAAUCUGGAAUCCGCCACCUCUGCCAGACUGA